GUCGAGUCAAAGGCUAGGUUCGUCGGAAAAAAGAAGACGGAGAAGAUGCAGCAGAGGACGCCGGCGGGCAGGCCUUCCGGCACUGACGGCUCUGAUUUCUCUUACCGAAUGGUCGUUGAUUCUCGUUACACGAAGGUGGCGAAAGGGAAGUCUCAUCUUCGAGCUCUGAUCCUCGUUCAGGCCGUGUUUUAUUUGGUUGGACUGUCGCUUGCAUUUCUAACUACUAAAGCGGAGGAGGAGAGGAAUAUUCUUGCAGUUUCAGCUGCUGGUAUCGGUCUAGUGUCUUCCUUGAUAGGAGAAUUAGGUCGUAGACGCAGCCGAGCGAUAUUUUUGAGGGUCUACAUGGCUGCAUCUUCGGUUGCUGUUGUUCUCUCGGUGUUUUGUGCUGUUAAGAACAGGCUAACGAUGGAGGAACGAGAAAACUCAGAAACAACGGGGAAAUUCGAGCUUAUAGAGUUUGCUUGUGCUCAACUAGGAGCGUUGGUGCAGAUAUUCGCGAUCAUUACAACAAGUUCUCUUGUGAGUAAUAUGUCUCCCCCUAAGAAAACUCUGUGAUAGAAUUUUUCUUGUCUUGAAACCGGUGAUCGAGUUCUAUGUUAAUCUCAUGUCUGAAGAUGAAGAACUUGAACUCAACAGCUUAUCUAAAGUUGAAUGUUUAAGAUGUUCUUGUUGUCCAACA